CCGAGGCGGGCGGUGGGGCAGCGGCGGGGACGCGGACACUCACCUUGGGCGCGCAGCGGGACGGCGGCGCCGCGGGACUGGGGCGCCGCGGGACGGGAGCGACUGGGCGGAGUGUCCACACUUGCCCCCCAAGUCGAGUUCUCCCUGCGUGUCAGGCAGGAUGGGGGUCCCAGAUGCCAGCGUCGGGCCUUUUUCCGCUGACGGGGAAACUGAAGUUCACUUUGGGACCUUGAAUGCUUUAAUACCUGAGUCAUCGCCUCUUCCACCGUCCACCCCCAAGAUGACAGCGCCUCCGUUUUCCUUAGUAAAAGUUUCUGGGCAGAGAGUGAGAGGGUCGGACUGGCAGGGGCAAAGGGGCUGAGGGUAAAGGCUUUUUGGGGGCGAUUCCGGAUCACACCGGGCAAUUCUUCGGGGCUUCUUACUCCAGACUUAGUGCUCAGGGUGCAUGAGGUGCCAGGGAUCGGAGCCAGCAGCCCUGCCUGCGCUCCAGCCCCUUGCGUUUCUGCUCAAAGACACUUUGUACUUGGGUACUUUUAGCUUGAUCACUAAUUUCUUAUAUUAACUUUAUAUUAACCAGAGCCGCGGGUGGCUUUUGCAUCCUUUGACAGCAAGUUGAACACAGAGGCGGGGCAAAAGCAGCAGCUGCCCGCAGCAGGCUGAUAAUAACAUGUAGGGGACCAGCGGGGACCGGGGUCUCUGAGAUGUUUGAGGUCGCCCCCUCCCCCAGUGGUGGGAUCAGCGGUCUCAUCUAGAGUUGCAGUGCCCAGGAAGACACAGUACCUUUGGUAUAGGAGGGCGGACAGGACCACCGAGGACCAAAGGCAUCCUCCAAGACCCACUGCACCUUCUAGGAAGGCGGAUUCAUCUGCCUGGGCUCUCUCUCCUCCCGUCACAGUACCGUGCCUCACUUUCCCCGAGGGAGGGAUGGGGAUUCCCAUGCUCCGUGGUUUGGUGGACUCUAUGAGCUAAAAUUCCCAGUGCAGUGCCCAGAGCAGAAAAGCUCCGGUGCCCAGCUGGCACCAGACCAUAUCCAAGCCCUUCCAACCACGGCUGUGUCGCUUCACUUGGGGAAACUGAGGCUCAGGGGGAGAAAACGCCGCCGCGGGGCAUUGCUUGCAUAAGAACCGGCCUGACACCUCCUCCCGCGUCGUCGUAUUGUCUGUCUUUGGCCGCGGUGACGAGCCGGAGGCCCGAGGCUCGGCCGGCGCGCGCGGGAUUCGAACCUGGUUUGCGCGCGGCCCUCCCUCCCGGCCCCGCCGCGGGGCCCUUGACCUCUGCCCGGCAGCCGCAGCAGCAGCAGCAGGAGGAGGAGCCCCGGCGCCGAGGCCGCCGCCCACCUGGCACCCGGCAGGUCCCCGCCCUCCUCCCCGGCCCGGCCAGGUGCGGUGACAUCAGAGCCGGCUCCCGCCGGGCGCCGCGACGUGGCUCCUCCCCGCGCUGGACCGCCGGGGCCACCGCACCUGAGAGCUCUGCCUGCCGCGCCGCGCCGCGCCCGCGCCCGACUCCCCGCGCCGCGCGUCCCGCACCGGCCCGCGCCCCCAGACCAUGGCUGCUGCAACUAUGACAGUGCCUGGCAGGAAGGUGCCCCCCAGGCCAGGGCCCGUGCCCGAGGCCGCCCAGCCCUUCCUGUUCACACCCCGUGGCCCUGGGCUGGGCGGCGGGCCUGGUGGUCCGGGCACCUCCCCGCAGGUGGAGUGGACGGCGCGGCGCCUUGUGUGGGUGCCCUCUGAGCUGCACGGCUUCGAGGCGGCGGCACUGCGAGAGGAGGGCGAGGAGGAGGCCGAGGUGGAGCUGGCAGAGAGCGGGCGGCGGCUGAGGCUGCCCCGCGACCAGAUCCAGCGCAUGAACCCGCCCAAGUUCAGCAAGGCUGAGGACAUGGCGGAGCUGACGUGCCUCAACGAGGCGUCCGUGCUGCACAACCUCCGGGAGCGCUACUACUCGGGCCUCAUCUACACCUACUCUGGCCUCUUCUGCGUGGUCAUCAACCCCUACAAGCAGCUCCCCAUCUAUACCGAGGCCAUCGUGGAGAUGUACCGGGGCAAGAAGCGCCACGAAGUGCCGCCACACGUGUAUGCAGUGACUGAGGGCGCCUACCGCAGCAUGCUCCAGGAUCGCGAGGACCAGUCCAUUCUCUGCACCGGGGAGUCCGGGGCAGGGAAGACAGAAAACACCAAGAAGGUGAUCCAGUACCUGGCCCAUGUGGCUUCGUCCCCCAAGGGCAGGAAGGACCCAGGAAUCCCGGGCGAGCUGGAGCGGCAGCUGCUUCAGGCCAACCCCAUCCUAGAAGCCUUCGGCAACGCCAAGACUGUGAAGAAUGACAACUCAUCCCGCUUCGGCAAGUUCAUCCGCAUCAACUUCGACGUGGCUGGGUACAUCGUGGGCGCCAACAUCGAGACCUACCUGCUGGAGAAGUCUCGGGCCAUUCGCCAGGCCAAGGACGAAUGCAGCUUUCACAUCUUCUACCAACUGCUGGAAGGCGCUGGGGAGCAGCUCAAGGGUGAACUGCUCGUGGAGCCCUACUCCAACUACCGCUUCCUCACCAAUGGGCCUUCGUGCAUGCCGGGCCAGGAGCGCGAGCUCUUCCACGAGACGCUGGAUUCCCUGCGCAUACUGGGCUUCCUGUAUGACGAGAUCAUCUCUAUACUGCGGAUAGUCUCGGCGGUCCUUCAGUUCGGCAACAUCAUACUGAAGAAAGAACGGAACACGGACCAGGCAACCAUGCCUGAUAACACAGCUGCUCAGAAGCUCUGCUGCCUCCUGGGACUGGGGGUGACCGAUUUCUCCCGGGCUCUGCUCACGCCCCGCAUCAAAGUUGGCCGAGACUAUGUACAAAAGGCGCAGACCAAGGAGCAGGCUGACUUUGCCCUGGAGGCCCUGGCCAAGGCCACCUACGAGCGUCUCUUCCGCUGGCUCGUCCUGCGCCUCAAUCGUGCUCUUGACCGCAGCCCCCGCCAGGGCGCCUCCUUCCUAGGCAUCCUGGACAUCGCCGGCUUCGAGAUCUUCCAGCUGAACUCCUUCGAGCAGUUGUGCAUCAACUACACGAACGAGAAACUGCAGCAGCUGUUCAACCACACCAUGUUCGUGCUGGAGCAGGAGGAGUACCAGCGCGAGGGCAUCCCCUGGACCUUCCUGGACUUCGGCCUCGAUCUGCAGCCGUGCAUCGACCUCAUUGAGCGGCCGGCCAACCCCCCUGGGCUUCUGGCCCUUCUGGAUGAGGAAUGCUGGUUCCCGAAGGCCACGGACAAGUCCUUCGUGGAGAAAGUGGCCCAGGAGCAGGGCGGCCACCCCAAAUUCCAGCGGCCGAGGCAGCUGCGGGACCAGGCUGACUUCAGUGUCCUGCACUAUGCCGGCAAGGUGGACUACAAAGCCAAUGAGUGGCUGAUGAAGAACAUGGACCCGCUGAACGACAGCGUGGCUGCUCUGCUGCACCAGAGCACAGACCGGCUCACGGCGGAGAUCUGGAAAGACGAUCUUGGGGGUUUCCAGCCUUUCUCUAUCCUGGGUUCCCUCCCGCCCCCAGGAGCCACAGGGCGGCGUGGCCCCGCCCUCUCCCCGGCAGGGGGCGGCUGCUGCUGCGGGACUUCCGUGGAGGGCAUCGUGGGGCUGGAACAGGUCAGCAGCCUUGGGGACGGUCCACCAGGGGGCCGGCCCCGCCGCGGCAUGUUCCGGACCGUGGGGCAGCUGUACAAGGAGUCCCUGAGCCGCCUCAUGGCCACACUCAGCAACACCAACCCCAGCUUUGUCCGCUGCAUCGUCCCGAACCACGAGAAGCGGGCAGGGAAGUUGGAGCCACGCUUGGUGCUGGACCAGCUGCGGUGCAAUGGAGUCCUCGAGGGGAUCCGCAUCUGUCGCCAGGGCUUCCCCAACCGAAUCCUCUUCCAGGAGUUCCGGCAGCGGUAUGAGAUCCUGACUCCCAAUGCCAUCCCCAAGGGCUUCAUGGACGGGAAGCAGGCCUGUGAGAAAAUGAUCCAGGCCCUGGAACUGGACCCCAACCUCUACCGCGUGGGACAAAGCAAGAUCUUCUUCCGGGCAGGGGUGCUGGCCCAGCUGGAGGAGGAGAGGGACCUGAAGGUCACAGAUAUCAUCGUGUCCUUCCAGGCAGCCGCCAGGGGGUACCUGGCUCGAAGAGCCUUCCAGAAGCGCCAGCAGCAGCAGAGCGCACUGAGGGUGAUGCAGCGAAACUGUGCCGCCUACCUCAAGCUGCGCCACUGGCAGUGGUGGCGGCUCUUCACCAAGGUGAAACCACUGCUACAGGUGACGCGACAGGAUGAGGUGCUGCAGGCGCAGGUUCAGGAGCUGCAGAAAGUACAGGAGCUGCAGCUGCAGAGCGCUCGCGAGGUGGGCGAGCUCCAGUCCCGCCUGGCACAGGUAGAGGAGGAGCGCAGCCGUCUGGCCGAGCAGCUGCGAGCAGAGGCCGAGCUGUGCGCGGAGGCCGAGGAGACCCGGGGGCGGCUGGCAGCCCGCAAGCAGGAGCUGGAAAUGGUGGUGUCGGAGCUGGAGGCCCGCGUGGGCGAGGAGGAGGAGUGCAGCCGCCAGCUGCAGGGCGAGAAGAAGCGGCUGCAGCAGCACAUACAGGAGCUGGAGGCCCACCUGGAGGCAGAAGAGGGGGCACGGCAGAAGCUGCAACUGGAGAAGGUCACCACGGAGGCCAAGAUGAAGAAGUUCGAGGAGGAUCUGAUACUCCUGGAGGACCAGAACGCCAAGCUGAGCAAGGAGCGGAGGCUCUUGGAGGAGCGGCUGUCCGAGUUUUCCUCCCAGGCAGCCGAGGAGGAGGAGAAGAUCAAGAGCCUUAACAAGCUGCGACUCAAAUAUGAAGCGACCAUCACUGACAUGGAAGACCGGCUCCGGAAGGAGGAGAAGAACCGGCAGGAGCUGGAGAAGCUGCGGCGGCGGCUGGACGGGGAGAGCUCGGAGCUGCAGGAGCAGGUGGCGGAGCAGCAGCGGCUCCUGCAGGAGCUGCGCGCCCAGAUGGGCCGCAAGGAGGAGGAGCUGCAGGCCUCCCUGGUCAGGGUGGAAGAGGAGGGCGGGGCCCGCGCACAGCUGCUGAAGGCCCUGCGGGAGGCACAGGCUGGACUGGCUGAGACCCAGGAGGACCUGGAGGCCGAGCGCUUGGCCAGGGCAAAGGCAGAGAAGCAGCGCCGAGACCUGGGGGAGGAGCUGGAGGCGCUGAAGAGCGAGCUGGAGGACACGCUGGACUCCACCAAUGCGCAGCAGGAGAUGCGGUCCAAAAGGGAGCAGGAAGUGAUGGAACUGAAGAAGGCGCUGGAGGAGGAGGCUCGUGGUCGCGAGGCAGCAGUGCAGGAGCUUCGGCAGCGCCAUGGGCAGGCGCUGGGAGAGCUGAUGGAGCAGCUGGAGCAAGCCCGGAGGGGCAAGGCCACCUGGGAUAAGGCCCGCUCAGCCCUGGAGGCCGAGGUGAGUGAGCUUCGCGCGGAGCUGGGCACGCUGCAGACGGCGCGGCAGGACGGGGAGCAGCGGCGCCGGCGCCUGGAGUCGCAGCUCACCGAGGUGCAGGGGCGCGCGGGCGACGUGGAGCGGGCGCGAGUGGAGGCGGCCGAGAAGCUGCAGCGGGUCCAGGUGGAGCUGGAGAGUGUGAACGGGGCCCUGAGCGAGGCGGAGUCCAGGGCCAUUCGGCUGAGCAAGGAGCUCAGCAGCGCCGAGGCCCAGCUGCGGGACAGCCAGGAGAUGCUGGGCGAGGAGAGCCGGCUGAAGCACGCCGCCGAGGCCCGGGCACGCGCCCUGGGCGCCGAGGCCACGGGGCUGCGGGAGCAGCUGGAGGAAGAGGCUGCGGCCCGCGAGCGCGCGGAGCGCGAGCUCCAGACAGCGCAGGCGCAGCUCUCGGAGUGGCGGCGGCGCCAGGAGGAGGAGGCGAGCGCUGUGGAGGCUGGCGAGGAGGCCCGGCGCCGGGCGGCCCGCGAGGCCGAGACACUGGCUCAGCGCCUGGCUGAGAAGACGGAGGCAGCUGAACGGCUGGAGCGGGGCCGGCGGCGGCUGCAGCAGGAGCUGGACGAUGCCACAAUGGACCUGGAGCAGCAGCGGCAGCUGGUCAGCUCCCUGGAGAAGAAGCAACGCAAAUUCGACCAGCUCCUGGCAGAGGAGAAGGCGGCCGUGCUGCGUGCCGUGGAGGAGCGGGAACGCGUGGAGGCUGAGGGCCGGGAGCGCGAGGCCCGGGCACUGUCGCUGGCCCGAGCACUGGAGGAGGAGCAGGAGGCACGCGAGGAGCUGGAGCGGCAGAACCGGACACUGCGGGCAGAGAUGGAGGCGCUGCUUAGCAGCAAGGACGACGUCGGCAAGAGCGUGCAUGAGCUGGAGAGAGCCCGCCGCGUGGCUGAGCAGGUGGCCAGUGACCUGCGGACGCAGGUGACAGAGUUGGAGGACGAGCUGACGGCCGCCGAGGACGCCAAGCUGCGCCUGGAGGUGACAAUGCAGGCCUUGAAGGCCCAGCACGAGCGGGACCUGCAGGCCCGGGACGAGGCGGGCGAGGAGCGGCGGCGACAGCUGGCCAAGCAGCUGCGGGACGCAGAGGUGGAGCGGGACGAGGAGCGCAAGCAGCGCGCCCUUGCCGUGGCCGCGCGGAAGAAGGUGGAGACCGAGCUGGAGGAGUUGAAGGCGCAGAUGGACACGGCGGGGCAGGGCAAGGAGGAGGCGGUGAAGCAGCUACGAAAGAUGCAGGCCCAGAUGAAAGAGCUGUGGCGGGAGGUGGAGGAAACGCGUACUUCCCGGGAGGAGAUCUUUGCCCUGAAUAAGGAAAGUGAGAAGCGCGUCAAAGGGCUGGAGGCAGAGGUGGUGCGGCUGCAGGAGGAACUGGCCGCAGCAGACCGCGCCCGGCGCCAGGCCCUGCAGGAGCGGGACGAGAUGGCUGAUGAGGUGGCCAGUGGCAGCCUGAGCAAGGCAGCCAUCCUGGAGGAGAAACGACAGCUGGAGGGGCGCCUGGGACAGAUGGAGGAGGAGCUGGAGGAGGAGCAGAGCAACGCGGAGCUGCUGGGUGACCGGUACCGCAAGCUGCUCCUCCAGGUGGAAUCGCUGACCUCAGAGCUGUCGGCUGAGCGCAGCUUCUCAGCCAAGGCGGAGAGCGGGCGGCAGCAGCUCGAGCGGCAGAUCCAGGAGCUCCGGGAGCGGCUGGGCGAGGAGGAUGCUGGGGCCAGGGCCCGGCAGAAGAUGACCAUCGCUUCUCUGGAGUCUAAGCUGGCCCAGGCCGAGGAGCAGCUGGAGCAGGAGACCAGGGAACGCAUCCUCUCCGGCAAGCUGGUCCGCAGGGCUGAGAAGCGGCUGAAGGAGGUGGUGCUGCAGGUGGAAGAGGAGCGCAGGGCAGCUGACCAGCUCCGGGACCAGCUGGAGAAGGGGAACCUUCGGAUGAAGCAACUGAAGCGGCAGGUGGAAGAGGCUGAGGAGGAGGCGUCCCGGGCCCAGGCCGGCCGCAGGCGGCUGCAGCGGGAGCUGGAGGACGUCACCGAGUCAGCAGAGUCGAUGAACCGAGAGGUGGUCACGCUGAGGAACCGGCUCCGCCGCGGGCCCCUCACCUUUACCACCCGCACCGUGAGGGAAGUCUUCCACCUGGAGGAGGGCGUGGCAUCAGAUGAGGAAGCUGAUGGGGCGGAUCCAGCGCCUCAGGAGCCUGAGGGGUCCCCAGCUGCCCAGCCGCAGUGACCACACCCUGUGCCUGCUCCGGGUGGCUGCCCUCUCGCACUUUGGAAAUGGGGCCGCUCUCUGGCACCACAGCACUUAUACCCCCCAGGGCAGCAGGGCACUGGACAGCCCCUGUGUGUUCCCAACAUCAUUGGAGGGGCUGGCACCGAGGCAAGGCCUGGGGUUCUCCCCCUGGGGAGGAGAUGUGGGUGUGAUCCAGGCUGAGACCUCCCAACACUUUCAGUGGUUACUGAAUGCUCCUUCUCAGGAGGGGGUCCGUAGAUCCCCUGCCCCCCCAACAGGAGUCCCCUCCUCUUUGCCCUCUCUCCCCUCUGGGUAUCUCUCUCCACCUAACCACUUACCCCCAAACUCUGGGUGGCAGCGGUCUGCACCCCAACCCUCCUCCCCCUGCUCUGUACCCACUGCUGAUUGAACGUUCUCCUGUGAUCUCAGCUCUGCUGGAGAUACCCAUGAAGCCAGAAUCUGGGGUCCCCGCAGCCUCCCAGGCUCUGGAAGAAAUAAAUUUCAGCUCUA